UGUUUAGGUAACUGGAGUCCAUGAAAGUAUAAACUUCAGAAUAAAAGCAUGAUUUUAUGCAUUAAUGGUUUCAAAUAAAAGAGGAGUGCUAGUUUGUGCAUCACUUCUUUUGAGAAAGUUAAGUCUGUGUUCUGCUUAGGAGAGAUAACACAUUUUGUCCCUGUAGGUGGCCCCCCUGGUGUAGCCAUUAGUUGCUAAUUACUUUGCAAACAAAUAAACAAUUAACUCCUCAAGCUGCUGACCGGGUGUUCAUUGACUUGCUAAAACUUUCUAAGACAGGAUUUUAAUUAGUGACAUUCUAAAUCCAGCCCCCUUGUCAGCAGAGCCCUAACGUGACCUGCAGGAAGAUCACUGCCCUGUACGUGUGGGGCAGAGCCAGCCAAGAGGUGCAGAGAGGCCAGAGCUGCCGACCUGUGCAGCCCACGGGAGGAUGUCUCCUAGCCUUCAGGAGGGCGCUCGGCUUGGGGAAAGCAAACCCUCGCCCUGCUCCUUUUCAAUUGAGAGCAUUUUAGGACUGGACCAGAAGAAAGACAGUGUUCCAUCCAUGAAACCCCACCGGCCUUGGGCAGACACCUGCAGCUCCUCAGAGAAAGAUGUUAACCUAUAUCUACAUGUCCCAAGCCUUCCAAAUGGGAUUUUAUUCUCUUGUACUGUGGAUCACCCAGUGCCAGAAGAAAGAGUUAUGAAAUAUGAAAGUUACUUUUCAACCUCAGAAAGACUGUCUUUGAAAAGAGAGUUGAGUUGGUAUAGAGGCAGAAGACCAAGAACUGCUUUUACUCAAAACCAGGUUGAAGUGUUGGAAAGUGUCUUUAGAGUAAACUGCUAUCCUGGCAUUGAUAUCAGAGAAGACUUAGCUCGAAAAUUGAAUCUAGAGGAAGACAGAAUCCAGAUAUGGUUCCAAAAUCGGCGUGCCAAACUGAGGAGGUCUCACAGAGAAUCACAGUUUCUAAUGGUGAAGAAAAACUUCAACACAAAUCUCUUGGAAUAGAUAGAAAACUAAACUUGUGAAGUUAUCUUCCAGUUGCAGAACACGAAGAACCAAUGGAAAUAUCAAGUUUUUUAAAUGUGAUGUUUUCUUUUCUGCAUUUAAUCUGAGCAUUGUCACUGAAAAUAUAUUGUAAAUAAUUACUAUAUCAUGGUACCUGUUAUACUUGGGCACUUUUAAAUAUAAUAAAGGCCUUUUCUAUAUAUUUUAAUAAACAUUUUCAGAAACAGCCAGCUAUUUUUUCAGUGAGCAAAUUUAAUGUAAUAAAUUAGUUUGCUAAAAUCA